GGCUUCCGGUUGUGUUUGUGUACUCGGCUCUGGCUCUGGCUGCGGCUGCUCGUCGUUGCCUGCCUGGCUUCAAACCAAACAAAACAAACGAACGACGACAACAACAACAUGGCUACGGCCGCGUCGUCCGGUGACGACGUGAGGAAGGAGCUGACCUGCGCCAUCUGCCUGGACUUCUUCAAGGACCCGGUCAUCCUCAAGUGCGGACACAAUUUCUGCCGCUUCUGCAUCUGCAUGCACUGGGACGAAAAUGGCGGAGACUACGGCUACCAUUGCCCGCAGUGUCGAACGGUGUUCAACAAGAGGACCUUCACCAAGAACUACCUGGUGCAGAACCUGGUCGCCAAGAUCGACGACCUGGAGUGCUUGGGUUCGAGUCCGACGCCCGCCAAGCCGCUCAAGGUGGACGGCAAGUGUGAGCUGCACGGCGAGGAGCUCAAGUUGUACUGCCAGACGGACAAGAGGCCCAUCUGCGUGGUGUGCAGGGAGUCCCGGGCGCACAGACAUCACGAGGUGGCUCCAGUCUCAGAAGUUGUCCAUGAUAUGAAGAUGGAGUUGCGUCUGCGUCUGAUGGAGCUCAACUGGCACAAGUCUCAGUGCCUCAAAGUCAUCGCUGCCGACGAGCGCACCGUAACGGACGUCAGGAUGAAGAAGCAGCGUCUGAAGGAGAAGGUGGAGGCGGACGUGGGCGCGCUGGUCCAGUUCCUGCUGGACGAGCGCGACUCCCUGCUGGACAGCCUGGACGCCGAGGAGGUGGCGGCCGUGGCCGUGGCGGACGACAACCUGGAGAUCGUCCGCGCCGAGGCGGCCGCCGUCGCCAAGUGCGUCGCCGACAUCCACGCGCACGUCGGCGGGGAGACCACCUUCGAGAGCCUGGUUGAGACCUUCAACGAGGCGGUGCACAGCAAGCCGUUCGCCGAGGUGGAGCCGGUCAGCAGUCCCACCGAGUUCACGGACUUCUCGGGCCCGUUCCAGCUCAUCAUGUGGAAGAAGAUGAUGCACGUGCUGCACACCAUGCCCCAGAACCUGACGCUGGACCCGGACACGGCGCACCCCAACCUGCACAUCUCGGACUUCGACACGAAGGUGGAGGAGCUGCGCACCCGCAGCCAGGAGCCCGACCUGCCCGUGCGCUUCACGCGCUUCUGCGGCGUGCUGGCCACGGCGCAGUACUGCGGCGGGCAGCACUACUGGGAGGUGGACGUGCGCGACAAGGGCGUGUGGUACCUGGGCGUCACCACCGAGGGCAGCAACCGCAAAGGCUUCGUCAGCCUGGCGCCCUCGGCCGGCUACUGGAGCCUGUGCCUGCAGGACCGCCUGUACGCCAACGGCGAGGACGGCCGCGUGCCCGUGGCCGACUACUGGAACUCGCCGCGCGUGGGCGUCUACCUGGACUACGACCGCGGGUGCCUCAGCUUCUACGACGCCGUCACCAUGAAGCGCCUGUACGUGUUCGACACGUGCUUCAUGGAGCCCGUGUACCCGUUCUUCAGCCCCGGCAAAAACGAUCCGGGCAGCCGGCUUUGCAUCUGCCACUACUACUGACGCCGAGAUCCUCGAUUCAAGCGCGGCGACGGGUGACCAAAUGAAAUUGUUUUUUGCCGAUCCAAUGUUCUUGCUGCCUUUUAAAAUGUUUCAAGACCAAUUUCUCACGAUGUUUUCCCUGUGAAACCGACCCGACGGGCUGCUCAUUUUUACGUAAACAUUUUAAUUCGCUGUUAUCUGUUCUACUUUUUGUGGUUUUAAGCGUUUUUGUGUGUGUACCCCCACCCACUCCCAAAAUUAGCAGUCAUGUCAUACGGAGUUUAAUGUGAACAUUUUGAUUAAAAGUUUAAAGUUUUACUUUUCAUGGUUUCAACUUUUCUUUUUUAAUUAUCUACUCCCCUAAACUAGCAUUGUCAGGUGGUGGUUUUUUUUAUUAUUAUUUUGUCAGGUGGUCUUUUUGUUUUCAAUUUUUGUAAUUUUGUUUAUGUCAAACUAACUCGACAGGCAUCAUCAUGUAAUUAUUAUUUCCGGAUUUUCUGCUACAAAUGUUUUAUUUUUUUAUUAUUAAUCCCUUUAAUUCCUACGCAAGUAUAGAAAAAUGCGGAAUUUUAUUUCAUAAAUUUCCAGGUCUGUCUGGAGAAGUAUGGAAUUGUUGUCCUAUUGUAUGGAAGGAUAUUCAUAUUUCCAAGACUGUUACAACAGCUCUUUUUUUUCUAUAACAAAAAAUGAUAUCUCAAAGAAACAAAUGUGAAAGAGCGCAUGGUGUUCGAACAAGGUUUCAAAAUAGGUUUAGUGGUUUAAGAGAGGGUCAGGUUUUCAAAACCGGGUUAAGAGUUUCAAAGUAGGGUUUCAAAACAGGCUUAGGGUCUCAAAUUAGGGUUCCAAAACAGGGUUAGGGUUUCAAGGUAGGGUUCCAAAAUAGGGUUACGAUUUGAAAUUAGGGUUUCAAAAGAGAUUUAAGGGUGUCACGUUUUGCAGUCGUCAAACUUUUUUGUUCUCUUUUCGUCUCCAAACCGCUACCAAAAUUGAUCAAACUGAUUUAAGGGGCUGUAAAAUGUUUUUUUUUUUUUUUUUUUGCAAAUUCUGUUUUAUUUCAUUUCAAGUAUUUUUUUUUCAGGAUUCAUCAGUGCCAUAUAAAGUUCAAUAUGUAAUGUAUAUAAGGAUGAUCUCUUUAUUGUAUGUUAGAGUUACCGUCUAAACGGGAUUUAAAAAAAUUAAAAAGGGGGGAAAAAAAGUGCUCGUUUGAUUCGUUUUUACGACCACGACACUUUUUGUAAAUGUUUUUAUUUACAAUGAAACUUUAUUUGUCAUGUUUGGUGUCAGCUGCUGUUUCAUUCACACAGAAACACACACACACACACAAAAACAAAUAUACACAUAUACAUUUCUAUAUAUUACUCUUCUUACAUGAUAUACAGUGCUGGUACAAUAAAUGUUUU